GGCCGGGCCCUCCUGGGGGUCUCGGUGGGGGCAGAGCCACGCGGGAGCCACACCCCGAACCCGACGGCGCCCCCCUCGGUGAGCUCUCCUGGUCGUCCUCCCUGGCCGUGGUGGCCGUGUCCUUCUCCGGCCUCUUCACAGUCAUCGUCCUCAUGCUGGCCUGCCUGUGCUGCAAGAAGGGUGGCAUCGGCUUCAAGGAGUUUGAGAAUGCCGAGGGGGACGAGUAUGCGGCCGACUUUGCAGCCCAGGGCUCCCCAGCCGCCGCCGCCCAGAACGGGCCCGACGUGUACGUCCUGCCGCUCACCGAGGUCUCCCUGCCCAUGGCCAAGCAGCCUGGCCGCUCAGUCCAGCUCCUCAAGUCCGCAGACCUGGGUCGGCACAGCCUCCUGUACCUGAAGGAGAUCGGCCACGGCUGGUUCGGGAAGGUGUUCCUGGGGGAGGUGCACUCGGGCGUGAGCGGCACGCAGGUGGUGGUGAAGGAGCUGAAGGCCAGCGCCAGCGUGCAGGAGCAGAUGCAGUUUCUGGAGGAGGCCCAGCCCUACAGGGCUCUGCAGCACAGCAACCUGCUCCAGUGCCUGGCACAGUGCGUGGAGGUGACGCCCUACCUCUUGGUGCUGGAGUUCUGCCCGCUGGGGGACCUCAAGGGCUACCUGCGGAGCUGCCGGGCGACAGAGGUCAUGGCGCCCGACCCGCUGACCCUGCAGCGCAUGGCGUGUGAGGUGGCCUGUGGUGUCCUCCACCUGCAUCGCAACAGCUACGUGCACAGCGACCUGGCCCUGCGGAGCUGCCUGCUCACAGCUGCCAUGUCGGUGAAGAUCGGCGACUACGGCCUGUCUCACUGCAAGUACAGGGAGGACUACUUUGUGACUGCGGACCAGCUCUGGGUGCCGCUGCGCUGGAUUGCGCCCGAGCUGGUGGAUGAGGUGCACGGCAACCUGCUCGUGGUGGACCAGACGAAGGCCAGCAACGUGUGGUCCCUGGGCGUGACCAUCUGGGAGCUGUUCGAGUUGGGUGUGCAGCCCUAUCCCCAGCACUCGGACCGGCAGGUGCUGGCCUAUGCUGUCCGCGAGCAGCAGCUCAAGCUGCCGAAGCCCCAGCUGCCCCUGGCCCUGUCUGACCGCUGGUACGAGGUGAUGCAGUUCUGCUGGCUGCAGCCUGAGCAGCGGCCCACGGCGGAGGAGGUGCACCUGCUGCUGUCCUACCUGUGCGCCAAGGGCUCCACGGAGGCGGAGGAGGAGUUUGAGCAGCGCUGGCGCUCACUGUGGCCAGGCGGCGGCGGCAGCUGCUCGGACCCGGGCCCGGGCACCGCAGGCCCUGCGCUGGGUGCGGCCGAGCUCCCCAACGCCUCAUCCUUCCCGCUGCUGGAGCAGUUCGCCGGCGACGGCUUCCACGUGGAUGGAGACGACGUGCUCACGGUGACCGAGACCAGCCGAGGUCUCAACUUCGAGUACAAAUGGGAGGUGGGCCGCGGGGAGGCACUCUCACCGCCCGCCGCCCCGCGCAGCCCGGGCCGGGCCGGGCGCCCGAAGCAGCUGCGCGCCCUGGAGGACGGGGCGCCGCCCGGCGUGGUGCCGGUGCUCAGCGCGCACAGCCCGUCCCUGGGCAGCGAGUACUUCAUCCGCCUGGAGGAGGCCGCCGCGGCCGCGGGCCACGACCCGGACUGCGCAGGCUGCGCCCCCCGCCCCCCCGGCGCUGCCGACCCCGAUGACGAUUCUGACGGCAGCACGGCGGCCUCGCUGGCCAUGGAGCCCCUGCUGGGCCGCGUGCUGCCCACGGACGGCCCGUGGGGCGGCCGUGACCACCACCUGCGCAGGGGCUGCGCCCAGAGCCCACCCUGCCACGCUCGCUCACCCUCGCCCACAGCCCCGAUGCUGGCAGACACCGGAGAGGAUGAUGCGGACUGGGGUGUGGCCUUCUGCCCGCCCUUCGAGGACCCACUGGGCACCUCUCCCAUGGGGAGCCCGGGGGCCCCGCCGUUCCAGGACGAGGAGGAGCCAGGGGAGGCUGAGGCUCGGAGGGCCACCCAGCGUGGACACUGGAGCUCCAACAUGUCGUCCAACAACAACAGUGGGAGCCGCGACCCGGAGUCCUGGGACCCGGGCUACGCGGGUAGUUUCACAGGCAGCUUCGCGGAUGACCACCUCAGCCCCACCCAGACCCCACCGGCCUCCCCAGAGGCCGGCCAGCCCCCGGAACAGGAGGACCCGGGAGGGUCUCUGCCUAGGCCACAUGCAGCCUGGCCUGGCCGGGAGCCAGGCCGCUGCCUCGGCCUUCCCUCCCUGCUCCCCACCCCGGCCGUGGCCCCCGCCUCGCUCCCCUGGACAGAGGAGGCCGUGGGUGGGGGGCACAACCCCCAAGGGGAGCCCGUGCUUGCCCGCGAGGCCGAGGGCAUCCCAGGGCCCCAGCUGCCCCUUCCUUCUGUCCCCUCCCCCUCCCGCGAGGGAGCCCCGCUGCCCGCGGAAGAGGCCAGCGCUCCCCACGUCCUUCCCGCCUCACCCACGCCCGCGGGCGGAGUGGCGACCGCCCCCGGUGCCCGCAGCCGCGCUCCCGAGCCGGCGGUGCCCGGCAGGGAGGAGGAGGGCAGCAUGGGGGCCGCCUCGGGCGUCUUUAUCGACCUGUCCGGGGAGGGCCCCCCAGCCGGGAAGCCAGACGCCGCGCCGGCCCCGCUGUGCGCGCGGCAGAAGCCAGCGGGGACUCCUGACUCCCUGGACUCGCUGGACACCCCGUUGGCAGCUAGCGACGGUGGCUGUGAGGUCCUGAGCCCGUCGGCCGCCGCCCCCGCCGCCGGGCAGCCCCGCGCGCUGGACAGCGGCUACGACACGGAGAACUACGAGUCCCCUGAGUUUGUGCUCAAGGAUGCCCAUGACACAAAUGAGGAGCCAGCCUCUGGGGGCGAGAGCCCGGGGCCUGAGACCCGGCUCCCCACCGCCCCGGGCGGCCUGGGUGAGAAGAACCCCUAUCGAGACUCGGCCUACUUCUCCGAUCUGGACGCCGAGCCGGAGGCCCCCCUGGACUCUGAGAAAUGCAGCGAGGCCCGGCUGUCCCCACUGGAGCUGGGCCUGAAGAGCCCGGCGCAGGCCGCCCCGGCUCCCACUGGGCCUGGAGGGCCAGGGGCGGCGCCAGGCUCUGGCCUGGAGGAGGCGCUGUCCCCCGGCAGCUCCAGGUCAGGGCCUCCUGGGGACCAAACGCCAGUCGAGGUGCGGCCUGUGCCCAGCCCAGGCCGCUCCGAGUUUUUCCUGCUGACCCCCGUUCUGCUGAACGCGGGUGGCGAUGGCACUGCGCCCCAGGGGCACGCCCCACUGGGCUCCCUCAGACCCCCGCUCUGCCUGGCUCUCCCCGGACGCCCGAGGGCCUCGGAGGGCCCGCCGGAGGAGGAGGAGGAGGACAGCGAGGACAGUGACGCGUCGGACGAGGAGCUCCGCUGCUACAGCAUCCAGGAGCCGAGCGAGGACAGCGAGGAGGAGGCGCCGGCCGUCCCGGUGGUGGUGGCCGAGAGCGAGAGCGUGCGCAACCUGCGCAGCCUGCUCAAGACGCCCGGCCUGCUGCCCGAGAGCCUCUGUGAGGACCUGGAGCGCAGGAAGAAGGCCGUGUCCUUCUUCGACGAUGUCACGGUCUACCUCUUCGACCAGGAGAGCCCCACCCGUGAGCUCGGGGAGCCCUUCCCGGGCGCCAAGGAGUCGCCCCCCGCGCUCCCCGCGGGUGCUCCCGGCCGCACGCGCCCCGACGCCCCGGUGGAAGAGGGCGGGCUCGAGUGGGACGACCAUUUCCGGCUGGCCAAGUCGCUGGGCACGGCCACGCCCCCCGCGCCGGCCACGCCCCCCGCGCCGGCCACGCCCCUCUCGCGCUUCACCGUGUCGCCCGCACCCGCGUCCCGCUUCUCCAUCACGCACGUGUCCGACUCGGAGGCCCAGUCCGUGGGAGGCAGCAACGAGGACGGUGACCGGGAAUGAGUGGGAACCACAGUAACCCAGUGGUAGCAGGUCCCAGGGCCACGGUGUACCCACAGCGUGCUGGAGCAGCAGGUGGACGAAAGGCCCGACUCUGGCACUGGACAGCAGACUGGCCGUGCAGCCACUCCCAGCUGCCCGGGGACAGAAUGUGACCAGGACACUGGAGUUGUCUAACAGCCCGACGAGGCCCGUAGCCUGGGGGCCGUGGGUGUCUGUACACACACAU